UCCAUCCCCGAGCCGUGGCAGACGCGAGCUAUUGUGAUCCUGGGUCUUAGGCUUGUGUGUGACACACCGGGUUCUGACUUUGCAUCCACCAAGCAGGCAGAGCAAGGUCUGCCUCGCUGGACCGGGUUCCCCAAGUUAGCAGGAGAGGCAGAUUCUCUGUGCCACCCCAGCUAAUGGAAUCCGACCCUGCGGGGUGGGAUCAAGCAAGAUGUAUUUUCACAAGUGGCAGACGAUUUUAAUAUCAGCUAAAUUUUGAGAACCACUGUAUCAUGGAGAUCGAUUACAUGAAACAAUCAAAAAUGUUGUGUAUAAGGUACCUGGCAAAUAGUAGAUACUCAACAAAAUGACAAUAUGGUUAUUACUCCAGGAACACAGAAAUAUUUAAUUACACAAAAACCGAAGGUUAGACUGGGAAUACAGCUCCGUGAUAGAGCACUCACUUAGCGUGUCUGAGCCCCUAAGGCUAGAACCAAAAGCAAAAAAGAAAAGAAAAAGGAAUUUAAAAAAAAAAAAAAAACAGGUAUUUCCUGUCUGCCCUUUAAGCAGGUCCUUAUUUUCUUUAAAAUUUUGAAGAGGUGCACAAAAAAUCCCCUCCAAUGAGAAUACUGUAGGUUUAUAGCAGUUGCUUCUCAUGUAUAAACUUAGCGUUUUCUUGACAGACAGUCACAUUACUUAACAAUAGGGACACAUUCUGAGAAGCAUGUCAGACCACUUCAUUGUGUAAUCAUCAUAGAAUGUACAAGCUAAGAUGCUACUGUAUUGCUAGGCAGUAUACUCUAUGAGACAGGAUCCUCUGCAGUCUGUUGCUGACGGAAAUAUUGUUAUGUAGCGUACAUUAGUGCUUCGCUGUAUCUUUUGACUCUUGAAAAGCAGAGCGUGAUUAAUGUUUACAGAAACUUCCAGAAUUGAAGCUAGAUUUAAUUGAAAAUGUUAAGACUGCCCAAAAAAGGAUUACCUAGAAUUGAUCAAGCUCAAGAUGAAGAAACCUACCUUGAAAAUUUAGCAGUACAGAGAAAUGCUUCUGCUUUUUUUGAAAAUUAUGAUCGGAGUGAAAUACAAGAGUUACUAACUACGGCAUUAGCCAGCUGGUUGUCUACCAAGGAGGACGGGCGCUCUCAGAUAGAGUUCCCGAGUGGGAUUAUGAGUCAGAUGAACAACGUAGGUUUCUCCACUGCGAUCCUGCUGAUGCCUGUGGACCCGACCGCCCUCUUAGACUAUAGGGAAGUCCAUCAGAUCAUCAGGGAGUUGGCUGUUGGAAUUUAUUGCUUAAAUCAAAUUCCUUCAAUCAGUUUAGAAGCUAAUUAUGAUCAGAGUUCUUCCUGUCAGCUACCUCCAGCUUAUUUUGAUACCAGAGUUGGGCAAAUUCUGAUCCAUAUUGACUACAUGCUGAAAGCACUAUGGCAUGGAAUAUACAUGCCCAAGGAGAAACGAGUCAGGUUCUCUGAAAUGUGGCGUACCAUCUUGGACAUCGAUCCAGAUGGGAAGCCUCAAACAAAUAAAGAUAUUUUUGCAGAGUUUAGUUCAGCAGGGUUGGUUGAUAUUACACAGGAUCCAGACUUUAGUGGAAUCUAUGAUGAAGACCUGAAUGAAGAUCCAACAUAUUAUCCUAACAGCCCUGAAGAAAAAGCUGUCUUUAUGAAAUAUGCUGAAAAUAUUCUGCUAAAAUUGACAUUCAGUACCACACAAGUUCAGCAGUGUGAAAAUGUCUUUAUAUUUGAAGCAACCUAUUGGCUGACCAAUGCUAUAAAAUAUACUCAGGAUUAUCUUGAUAUUUGUACCUAUCAGAGACUACAGCAAAGAUUAUAUCUUCAAAAAAAGGUUAUUCAAAAAUACUUUGAGAAGAAAAAAGAAAUCAGAAGAGGGAUAAGUUACCUAAAGUUGAUAUGUUUUCUGGUUCCAUUUUUACUAAGUUUGAAAAAGAAGAUGAAAGUUCCAUAUUUAAAUAGCCUGCUUCAGCCUUUUUCAGAUGACAAGGUCAAGACAGAGCGAGAGGUGCCGCCAUUUAUUUAUGGACGAGAUUUUAAAUGCCAGAACUUUCACUACAAAGAGAAUCAAUACUUUCAUGUUCAUGGAGGAAUUGAGUUUGAUAUCACCACCCCUUCAAUUGAGAAUGCUUUGGACGAUUUUAAGACCAAUUUAGAAAAAAUACGGGAGUGUGCUGCUAAUACAUUUGCAGAAGAUUUCGGAUACAAAGAAUAUUACUCCAUACCAGUGAUGGAAUUUUGUGGGAAAAGCUAUUAUGUGAUCUAUUUUGAACUUGAAAUUUUCUAUCAGCAACUGUAUAAGACGCAGUGGUGGGGAGCCAUAAAUGAAAUAGUGAACACUCUGAGGGUGAAAAGACUUCCACUGACAGAUGCUCAAUUACACGAACAAUUUAAGAAAAAAUUUGGCUUCAAAAAAGCCAUGAAAUGCAAGAGUAUACCAUUUGGUCUGAAGUCUGCUGUUGAGAGAGGGCUAUCAGCGGUUUUCCACACAUUUAGCCGUAAAACCUCAAGCUCCACCAUCAAUGUCUCGGAUGAAGCAGGCUAUGCUAUCUUCCACCAUGCUGCCCUCCACAACAGAAUUUCCAUCAUAUGUCAUCUGUGUGAUGCUAACUUCAACAUCAACCAGAGACGCUUUGUUAUGUUCAGCCAAGAAUCAUCCAAAAUGGAAGUGAAAAAAGAAAGAAAUGGUCCGACUCCUCUGCACCUGGCUGCGCAGGCUUGCUCGUUGGAAAGCACCAUCUGUCUACUUUCUUUCAAAGCUGAUUUUACACUUUCUGAAAAAAGAGGCUGGAUGCCAAUCCACUUUGCCGCUUUCUAUGAUAACAUCAGCAUCAUCAUUGUUCUCUAUAGGAAGGAUCCUACUUUGCUAGAAGCAGAGGCGACCGCUGAGAAUCAGUGCACUCCACUUUUACUGGCUGCCACUUCAGGAGCUCUGGACACGAUUCAAUACCUAUUUUCUCUUGGUGCCAACUGGAGGAAAACAGAUACUAAAGGAAACAAUAUAAUUCAUCUGUCAGUGCUAACCUUUCACACGGAAGUACUUAAGCAUAUAAUAGAGUUAAAUAUUCCUGAACUCCCAGUUUGGAAAACGUUAGUAGAAAUGCUGCAGUGUGAGAACUUUAAACGAAGGAUGAUGGCUGUCAUGUCCUUAGAAGUAAUUUGCUUAGCGAAUGAUCAAUACUGGAAAUGUAUUUUGGACGCAGGCACCAUUCCUGCCUUAAUCAACCUAUUAAAAAGUCCCAAAAUAAAGUUACAGUGCAAAACAGUUGGGUUACUGAGCAAUAUCUCCACCCACGUAAGUGUCGUGCAUGCCUUGGUAGAGGCAGGCGCUAUUCCGGCACUGAUCAACCUCCUGGUUUCUGAUGAACCUGAACUGCACUGUCGCUGUGCUGUCAUUCUGUACGACAUUGCUCAGUAUGGAAACAAGGAUAUUAUCGCCAAAUUCAAUGGAAUCCCAGCUCUGAUAAAUCUCUUGACAUUAGAUAUGGAAAACGUGCUAGUAAAUGUAAUGAACUGUAUACGAGUAUUAUGCAUAGGAUAUGAAAAUAAUCAAAAAGCAGUGAGAGACCAUAAUGGCAUCAAACACCUUAUUAGAUUUCUGAGUAGUGAUUCCGAUGUGCUGCAGGCUGUGUCUUCCGCCACGAUAGCUGAAGUCGCACGUGGCAAUAAGGCAGUUCAGGACGCUAUUGCUCAGGAAGGAGCGAUCCCACCCCUGGUAGCGCUUUUCAUAGGAAAACAACUGAGUGUCCAAGUGAAAGGUGCAAUGGCUGUGGAAUCCCUGGCGAGUUACAACCCUCCUAUACAGAAGGCCUUCCUGGAACAUAAAUUAACUAAGUAUCUUUUAAAACUCCUAAAGGCAUUUCAAGUAGAUAUUAAGGAACAAGGAGCCAUAGCUCUUUGGGCUUUGGCAGGACAAACACUGAAACAGCAGAAGUACAUGGCGGAACAGAUCGGAUACAACUUCAUCAUAAAUAUGCUUUUGUCACCAUCUGCCAAAAUGCAGUAUGUUGGAGGUGAGGCAGUCAUAGCUCUAAGUAAGGACAGCAGGAUGCAUCAAAAUCAAAUAUGCGAAGGCAAUGGAAUUGCACCACUGAUUCGCUUACUAAGAAUUCAUAAGAUAGCCGAAGGCACGCUUCUCAGCGUCGUCAGAGCAGUGGGGUCCAUUUGUAUCGGUGUAGCCCACACAAGUAAUCCCAUUAGUCAACAAUUUAUUGUGGAUGAAAAUGCCUUUCCAAUACUUAUGCAACUACUGAGAGAUCACCCUUCAUCUAACAUUAAGGUUGAAGUGGCAUUUUCCUUGGCAUGCAUCGUUCUCAGGAAUGAUGAAUUACAGAAACAAUUACAAGAAAAUGAAGGGUUUAAAUAUUCCGAUGUCCUCUAUCUUCUUCACUCAACGGAUAAGGAUAUUUGCUUAAGAGCAGCCUAUGCGUUAACCCUUUUUGCCUUCAACAAUCGCUUUCAACAAUACUUAAUACUGGAAAGUGGAAAAAUCACCCUGUCCAUUUUUGAACCUUUUCUUCAAUCAACAGUUGAAACUGAGAGGUCAAUGGCAGCAUUUCAGAUUAUUGUAUUAGCUAAAGUCAUCAUAGAUGUGGACCAUAUUACUUUGUCUGCAAGAGGAGUUACUAUUUUAGUCAACAGUCUGUACUCGUACAAGCAUACCACUAUUGUCUUGACAGGAAAUUUAAUAGCUAGCCUGGCUCACUCCAGAGCUGGUAUUCCAGAAGCAUUUAUUACAUUAGGAACAAUCCAGCGACUCUGCUACCACUUGUACUCAGGAAGAGAAGAGGUUCGUACAGCAUGCUCCUGUGCUCUUGGAUACUUGACCUACAAUGCAAAUGGUUUCCGCAUUCUGUUAAAGGAAUGCAGGAAUAAACCUAAUCAGUUCCUUCGUAUAAGAAACAACAUCAGCAGAGAUGCAAGUAUUAAUCCAGCAUUUUUAAAGGAAUUUCAAAUGCAACAAAUGGUUGGACUUCCUUCUCUAAGUCUGGAGAGGAAUGGAGGCCCUUUCAUAAAUCCUGUCUUUAGAAAAGGGAAAGAGCACCGAAGAAAAGCAAAACCUAAAAUUCAACCAAGAGAUUCUUUGACUUUAAUGCCUCCUGUAACUAACUUCGCGGGACUCUUCAAAACGACAAAAAAGAGCAAAAUUUCUCAUAAUAUUUUCGCUUUUUCAUCUGCAAUUUCAUCAGAUAUCAUCAAUGUAAUAAGACCAAGAAUAGUGUGUUUGAACCGACUUGGGAAACAGGAACAGAAAGCCAACCCAGAGCCUGCAGAGGGCUAGUAAAAAAUCUUAGUAUGAAAA